AUGGUAUCUCGGUGCUUUUGCAGCAGAGCUGGCAGCUUUCUCUUUGGUGAGUGCGACGCUGCAUCCCCUCGCCACCCUGCCUGGAUACCUUCUGGGCGCGGCUGCGAACGGGGUAGCGGCCUGGUCUGCAGGAUCCGACCGGUUUCUGGUUCUGACGGCCUCCUCCUGCGUGCUGGUUUCCACGGCCAUGGCAGGUGGACAGACGCAGAGCUUCUGACAAAGCCACAUCUUUGCUGGCCCAGGCCCCGGCUGGAUCCCAGCAGCCUUCAUUUUCAUACGCUUCUUUGCCUGGGCGGGGCUCUGUUUCCUGGAUCUUCCGCAUGGCCUUUUGCCUCUGGGCUCCCUGGGGCGACCCAUGGGCUCCCCGGUGCUCCAAGCAAAGUUCUUGAGGCCGGCAGCCGCCUGCCGGGAGGCUUUAGUUUGCGUCGCAUCGCAAACGUGGAUGACGACGGAGACGAAGGCGAAUUCGACUGCCACGUCCUUCAGGGCGGAGCUGGGGUUCCAUGCAUGCAGCUGGCCGUCCACCGGGGAGCUGAGCACAGCAUCCACCAUCUUCAACAGCUGCUUGUUGUUCUUGGCCGUGGUACUCGUCCCACUCCACCUGUGCGUCGUCCUUACUAUGCUGGUCUUGAACCCUACCUAUGGCUGUGGAGUGGACAACCUCACUCUGAAGGAGGAGGUAAAAGCAAAGCAGGUUGA